AUGUUGGUGUUGGCUUGUUCAUGGCUCGCGUCGGCCAGUGUCCUGCCACACACUCGAGAUGCGGCCGCGCACAGCAUUACCAACGCACAUAUCUUUGCUCAUACAAGUCUCGCCAUUCCGGAUGCAUUAUCUGAGAAUGUCCUCACCCUCGGCAGCCACCCGAAUCCAGACGUCUUCCACAGCCCGGCACGGGCACGUCUUCAAGUAAGAGAGGCCCAACGCGAAUCGUCAGAAAUCAGGAAGCGGUGGUGGCAGAUGUGGGACCGCGACAGACCAACGACAAACACGGUGCAGUCCGGAGGUGUGGUCACCAAUGCCGUCACGGGCACCAUUUUCAGUGGUGUCUAUCCGGUCGUCAACGUUACUUGGGGUAACAAGGCCGGCGAAGCGGCUGGCGGCCAGACCAUUGUGAGUUAUAUAGACACAGGUAGCUCCGACACGUUUGCGGUGUCGAACCGAUUUGUCUGCCAGGGUCUGCCGAGCAUCAAGGCCAACACUCUUUCAGACGACGCCCUGCCCACCGGAGGGAGCAUCAACAACUUGACGCAAGCGUCGUGCAAUUUCGGUCCCCUGUACGACGUUGACAAAGGCAACUUUGCCAACAUCACAUCGCAAGAGCUGCGGGUGGCCUAUUCACCCGAGAACGAAGCGCUGAACGGAUCCAUGGUGUUUGCGCCCAUCACAGUAGGCGGGCUGACCGUCCCUCGCCAGCAAGUCGCCAUUGUGGAAGAAGCCGUGUGGUUGGGCGACGGAGUGACGUCUGGCUUGCUCGGGCUGUCGUUUCCGGCAGUGACAUCGGCCGUGAUGCGUAGCGGUCGCGGCACCGAUGCGCCCCGGUUUGUCCAAUAUGACCCAUUCUUCACAAACUUGGCCAAGCAAGGCAAGAGCAAGCAAAAUCGACAACAAAACCAACGUCAAAACAAUGACACAAUCGCGCCUGUGUUUACGCUGGCCAUUGACCGGGUGCCACCCGGUACGCCGCACUGGAAGUCGGCUGGGGCACUUGCCCUCGGCGGACUCGUGCCGUCAUCGUACUACACGGGUAACUUUACCAGUGUGCCCAUCGAGACGGAAUACGGCAUGCUGAAUAAUCCAAACAGCGGUCCCUCCUUCUAUGCCACGACAGUACAGCUCGUGUAUGGCCCGCCGCGAACCAACAUCUCUUCAGCUGCCUCAGUAGACAUUGCGAUCAAGUCAGACAACUUGACCACCUCACCCGUCUUUCAGACAAUCGUGGACAGCGGCACGUCGCCCAACUUUGUCCCGCAAGUGGCCGCCAUCCCAAUCAACAGCCUUUUCGUUCCGCCGGCCAGGUUCAACGAAACGCUCAACUAUUUUGUUGUCGACUGUGAUGCCAAAGCGCCGUUUGUGGCAUACCGGAUCGGGGGAACGACGGCGAAGGGCGUGACGACGGGCGGCGUGCUCAUGCCCUUGGACCCGCGCGACAUGAUCGUGCGGUCGCUCAACGGGCGGCCGGGCUACGAGAAUGUUUGCUUCUCGUCCAUCGCCAACGGGGGUGAGGUGGCUGGUAAUCUGCAAGUCAUCGGCGCGACCUGGCAACGAAACUAUGUUGUGGCGUAUGACCAAGGCCGGAACAUGAUUCAUUUUGCAAGCAGGCGUCCAUACUGA